AUGGAUCAGAAGGAACCUAUUGACUUGUUCUUAUUCACUUAUAAUUGUGGUAAAUCCCCUGUAGGGUCCGACAACUUUGUUUCCAAGUUAACUAAAUCCUUACCACCACAACUUUCAAGCUUAUAUGUAUUUGGAGUAGAAGAAUUAUGUGAUAUAAUAGAUGGAACUUCCUUUAAAGUGUCUAAUCGUCAUUUCUUAAGACUCAAUCAAGCAAUCUUAGAUGCUUUGAACACCAAGUACGGUGAAGAAGGUACCGUGUUUCAUACAUUAUCGAUGGUUCAUAUUGGAGCCAUUGGAUUGAUUGUUUUAUCACCUUAUCCCCUGCUUUUCUCUGAUAUACAUGCCACCAAAACUGCUUGUGGUUACUUUUAUUCAUCUUUGAAGGGAGCUGUUGGAAUUAGAUUGAAUUACAAGAAAUCUGUAGAGUUAACCUUUGCCAAUGCACAUUUAUCAGCAUAUGAAGGAGAGUUUUACUAUCAGAGAAGAAAUCAACAAGUUAUAAGUUUGAUGAGGGCAUUAGAUUUCAAUGACGGUUUCGGAUUCUUGAAACCAAAUUCACACUCUUUCUUUAUGGGUGACUUAAAUUAUCGUACGGUCAAGAGUAUCAAAGAGAAGUCGGUCAUUACAGAAUUGGCAUCGUUACAAGAUCAAUCACUUUCUUUAUCCAAUCCUAUUGAAGAAUUAGUUCAAAAGUAUGACGAAUUAAGUGAAGCUAUUAGAAAAGAUGAGGUUUUUAUGGGCUUUACAGAAGGUUGUAUCAAUUUCCCUCCGACUUACAAGUUCCACGUUGGAACAGGUAUUUAUAACGUCAAACGUUCACCUAGUUGGUGUGAUAGAAUCUUAUAUCAGUCCACAUACAAUAUGAAAACCAACGGUCAGGAAGAACCCUAUCCCAGGAUCAACCAAUAUAACAGUUUAAAAACCUUAUUGACAUCAGAUCAUCUACCAGUAUUUCUUUCUAUCACUAUCCCGUUUGAUGCUCCGGAACCAAUAAUUGCCGAUAAUGGGUAUUUGAAGAUUUUACCUAACGAUCAAGUCAUUGAUCACUUCCAUAGGGACAAAUCUGUAUUUGCCGAUAAUGCUAGUGGGCCAACCCAAAUUUAUAUGAAACCUACCAAAGUCGACAGAAUCGUUAACUACAUUGUCACUCCUACAGUUGAUUCUAUCAUGGGUAACACCCUUUGGUUUACCACUACUUCCAAUGGGAGAUUGGUGUUACUUCUAUUCUUUUUGAUCGUCGGAUCUGGUUUGAUAUUUUGGUACUAG